GGGUUUUAAUUCGAAAUGACAGCGUGAAUUCCUUGUUUGAUUAUGUGUCGUUCUAAAGUCGUUUUACCUUCUCGAUCGGGAAAACAACUCUGAACGACGUACCGACAGAUAACACCUGUCGCAUAAUCACAGUAAUGAAAUUCUUCCAAUAACAGCAAAACUAAUGAAACACUAAGACCGACAUUUUAAAAAGCAACGGAAGGAACACGGAUUUGUGGCUUGGCUAGUUAGGAAAGGCGCGGUUAAGCUGGACGUUGUGUGUCGGAGACAAGACAGCAAAAUGCGAAAGCAUUACCGUUCCAGGGUCUUGUUUUAUACGACAGCGUUAAUUUUAUUAGCUGGUGUAGGAUGCUUAGUAGCAGGGAUAGUCCUUAUGGUCAGAGCCAAGGAUACCAAAUUGCCCCAAAUUAUCACCCAAACAGCAGAACCUUCGGUUCGCCACAGCGCGUAUUCCAAUGAGGCUAAACGGGUGGGCCUCGAUCGACUCUUGCAGGAAGUCCAAGACAUGUAUUUCAAGUUGUACCCGAAUAAGAUAGCAUUCUACCCCGGGAUCACCGAGACAGAUGUAAUGCGAAUCUUCCGCCCUUACGAUCCAACACCUGAAAUAAUCAAACGCAACACCGACGAGUCCAGGAAACUAUACACUGAUCUGGAAAACCUGGAAUUUGCCAAGGACAAGCUAAAGUUGUUUGAGAAGCGCGCGCUCGCGAAGGCAAAGUAUUGGGUGUACCAUGUUUUCGCCUAUGGUGUACCUUAUGGUUACGACUACUAUAAUGGGGAUUGGAUGCUAGGCCCUGAUGUGUUCGGCUGGUCUGCUAUUAAUCACAUUAAGGCCGAGCUGAACCAAACCGUACCGCAUUUCAAACCCUUUAUGGCUGACGACGUGGAUUUUAUAGUAGACAGGUUGGUAGAGGUGGGGUACGGUGUUAUGCGGUAUAUGAAGAAUUUGCAGCUCGGGGUACAAGCGGGAAUGGUCCGCAGUAUCGAGGAAUGUGAAGGCGGGCUUUAUUCUGUCAAGAAUGAGUUCAGAGAUAUUUCACUCGGCGGAGAGAUGGGCGUUCUAAACAUGUCCUUUGCGAAACAAAUUAUGGCGGAAGAAUAUCUCUCCGAACUUCACAGACAGCCAUCAGAACUAUUGAAAUGGGGCCGAGAUCGCGUUACGCCUGUGAAUGGAACAUUACAGGACGCCCUGAUCAGAUAUGUGGGCCGCCCCUUACAUUCACUUAUCAGAUAUCUGGAGACAAACUACAGCAGACACUGUGUGCGAUCCAAUAUUUCCAGCGGCUUAAGCUCCCUACCCCUCCCCUACGUGUACGUCGACAAUGUCCCCACCCACCCCAGCACGGGAAGGCUCCCGACGGGGGAGAGGUUGAACGGUACGGAGAUCUACCGUAAGCUGAUGGCAUACUUCACUACGACCGAGGAUACACCCGACGAGAUCCACAAGCUCGGGGAGGAGCUACUACCGAGCUUGUACGAAGAGUUAUUGCAGCUAGCAAGAAAGAUCUCUGGCGAGAAAGACAACGACAAAGCGAAACUGAAGGUUCAAGAGGAAUUUAACAAACCAAGUAACUACUUUAACGAAACUUCAAUCCCGGCCAAUGAAUCCGACAAAAACGCGCAUAAGCUCUGCAGCAGCGUGGACACAGCAAAGGCUCACUGUCCCGUCAGAUGGAGAGCUAUGGAGAACUGGUUCCAGUACGUCAGACAGCUCAGCACCUUACUCAACACCAAGAUCAUGGAUCUUUUCCACAUGGUCGGCUCCAAGACUUCAGUCCCAAGUUGCCCGUUUAGGCCUGAGCCCGACUUUAAUCCGCUGACCGCCACGCCAAAGUACCACGAGACGGAUCCAGAAUGCAGCAAGCCCGCCACUUACGGUAUCCCUUUCUUCGUGCAGAAGCCUGGACCCAAGUGGCAGGAAUGGACGACGACCUCUCACGAAGUCAGUCCUGGGCACCACUUACAAGUGCAAGUGUUCAAUGAGCAUUUCGCGUCUGAUGAUGAGGGCGUGGCCAGGUGGUUAUCCAGCACCCCGUUUUUCCUGACAUUCUCUGAGGGGUGGGCACUCUACGCCGAGCACCUUAUGGCACAUGAGACCGACCUUUAUGAUGAAGAGCCAAUGAUCAAGUUCUAUGCCGUCAAGGCGCAGAUGAUCCAAGCCAUGCAGCUCAUCAUAGACACCGGAUUACACUCUCGGCGCAUGUCACGUGACGAGGCGCUUGCAAUGUAUCGCCAAUACUCAUGGGACACAACAGAUAUUCCCGCCAAAGAGAUCACUCGCUAUCAAAGCGUUCCCGGGCAAGCGGUAUCCUACAUGUUUGGCAAACUGAAGAUAAUGGAAGCAAGGCGAGAGGCGAAAAGGAGACUGGGAUCUAGGUUCAACAUUAAGGAUUUCCAUUUCCAAAUGCUACGUCACGGCCCCUCCCCACUUGGGUACAUGCAGGAGGCUAUGAGAAAGUACGUGGACUGCGAGUUGAACCACGAAAAUGAAGGAUGCGAUGAAGUCCUCAGGCCUGUUACAAGCUACAAUGACGAGUACCUAGGCAUGACUGUGUUAAGCAAUGGCAAUAGGCGAUAGGUCAAAUAGCUCUGGCGCCCGUUUCUCGAAACACCCGAGAAUUCUCGGGCCCGAAAACUUUAUUUUGCAUUUUUGCUCAAAAUUUCGCAUGUUUUCCUUUUGGAGAACCGCUUUCAUGUUUAAGAACUCUUGGUUCGUAUUCCAAAUGAUUACGCUUUUACGGGCUAUUUUCGAAGUUUUGCUGAAGCCAAAAAGUUACCCGAAAAGUCUCGGGUGACUGCGAGGUCCCGAGAACAUUCUUAAUAUUUUAGCCAUGCGAAUUUCGGGCCCGAGAAAUUCUGGAGGGAUCAAAAUUUAUAAAUCUAUAAAGAGGAUCAUCCUUUACACAAAUCUUUGUGGUAAAAUACGAUGUUUGACGAUAUUUCAACACAUUUAGAUACCAUAAAUUUUAUAGGAAUUAGCCAGCUUUUUAAAUUUAAGGAAUAAAACGUUUUCGGGCCCGAGCAUUCUCGGGUGUUACGAGAAACGAGCUCCUGGCCGGACCAGACUCGGUACUAAGAGGAGGGUGGACAAACUAGCGAGUGAAAAUGGGUGAAUAAUAGCAAAAAAAAUGGGUGUGAAGAAGGAGGGGGGAGGGGCUGCGUAACAUUCUAAUCCAUUUCCCUGGAUCUUCACCUUUUAGGGAGGGUGGCGAUAUACAGAGAACGAAGAGAUAGGGGGGGGGGGGGGAUGAGCAAACAGGGAGUAUUAGAAAAGAGAAUAUUAGAUUGUUCACCUUUCGUAAUUAGAGCCAAAAGCAAACACGCAGGUCGUAUAGUCUAUGAUACAAUGAAA